CCAUGACAACAGACGAGGUGACAGAGAGCCAGCAUCAGAAGAAGCCCAGCCAGCAGGAGGCGGAGCAGCAUCAGGCCACGCCUCCUGACCACGGACCCUCUGAGUCCCAGGCCGCCACCAGCCCCGCCACCUCGCCCCAGAGCACUGGCUCGCCCUCGUACUCCUCUCCCCAGGAGGAGGUGCAGCUGAGACCCCGUCGGCGCACCUCAGCCGGCCGCGGCCUCUCGCGCCUCUUCUCCUCCUUCCUGAAGAGGCGUUCCCAGUGCGAGGAGGACGGGGGAGAGAAGGGGGAGAAAGGAGGGGACGGGGAAGAGCCCAAGGCGCCCAUCGCUGACUGUGAGCCAGAGCUCAAGAUCGAGGGUGAUCAGAACCUUGACCUGCACUCGCUCAGCAGCAACGAGGCGCAGCUUGUCCAGGUAGACCAGAAGGAAGACCCAGAGAAAGACUCUGAGGAAGAGGGGGGAGAGACCGAUAAGGAGAAAAGAGAAGAGGACAGUGCCCAGGGGAAGGAGAAAGAGGAGGAGGAGCCUGAGGGAGAAGGAGAGAAAGAGGGAGUAGAGAAGACAACAGAGGAAGACGCUCAACCUCCUAAGCCUCCCCGUCGACCCAGGAUCAUGCAAAUUAAAGUUACACUGCUGGACGACACUCUGUUUGAGUGUGAGCUGGAUAAACAUGCCAAAGGUGUGGAGCUGUUCACCAAGGUGUGUGACCACCUCAACCUGCUGGAGAGAGACUACUACGGCCUGGCCAUCUGGGAGUCGCCCUCCAUGAAGACCUGGAUGGAUUUCACCAAGGAGAUCCGCAGGCAGGUUCAAGGCACCAAUUAUGACUUCACCUUCAAUGUGAAGUUCUAUCCUCCUGACCCAGCCCAGCUUUCUGAAGACAUCACCAGGUACUACCUGUGUCUCCAGCUGCGUAAGGACAUCCUGGGGGGCCGUCUACCCUGCUCCUUUGUCACGCUGGCCCUUCUGGGUUCCUACGCACUGCAGUCCGAGCUGGGGGAGUACGACCCAGAGACACACGCACCAGACUACGCUAAGGACCUGAGGCUGGCCCCGGGACAAACCAAGGAGCUAGAGAAGAAAGUCAUGGAGUUGCAUAAGACAUACAGGUCGAUGAGUCCAGCACAGGCAGACAUGGCCUUUCUGGAGAACGCCAAGAAACUAGCCAUGUACGGAGUGGACCUGCACCAGGCCAAGGAUCUAGAUGGAGUGGAUAUUAUGCUGGGUGUGUGUUCUGGGGGUUUGAUGGUCUACAAGGACAAGCUGAGGAUCAACCGUUUCCCCUGGCCCAAAGUCCUCAAGGUCUCCUACAAACGCAGCAGUUUCUUCAUCAAGAUACGCCCCUCAGAGCUGGAGCAUUACGAAAGCGCCAUUGGUUUCAAACUGCCAAACUACAAGGCCUCCAAGAAACUGUGGAAAGUGUGUGUGGAGCAUCACACCUUCUUCAGACUGACCUCUACUGAGGUGGCUACCACUCCCAGGAAGUUCCUAGCACUGGGUUCUAAGUUCCGCUACAGUGGGCGGACCCAGGCUCAGACCCGCCAGGCCAGCUCUAUGAUUGACAGGCCAGCCCCCCUGUUCCAACGCUCGGCCAGCAAGAGGAACUCACGCAGUCUGGAUGAAGCCAUGGUGUCCACUCCAGACAAGAGCACCCGUCCAGUCAGUGCUCCCAUCAUGUCCCCCGUCUCUCCAGGGGAUGCCGCCCCGCCCACUGUGACCUCUGCCCUGCCCCGUAGUGAGCGGCGAGAAGCAUCCACCGCCCCGGGCCGCCAGUCACGCUCAGCAGAGAGGAAGACCAAGGAAGAGGCUAAGGUGGAGAGCAAGGUGACAGAGGUCUCCAAGACACAGAGCUCCAGACCACAGUCCACCCCAGAGUUCAAGAGGGAGGGAGCCAGAAGGAGUAGGCAUCAUGCCCCUGCAGUCACCACCACCACCACCAAUGGGACAGAGAGAGAGAGAAAGAGCCAGCAUUCGCCCCGAGACAGAACUGGCACGGAGACGGUGCGCGUGAAGAAGAAAAGAGCUAAGAAACUUGAGGGUCAAACUAUUUAUAUCAGGCAUAGCAAUAUAAUGUUGGAGGACCUGGAUAAGACCCAUACAGAGAUCAUGCGUCACCAUACCAGUAUCAGUGAGCUGAAGAGAAGCUUCAUGGAGUCUGUUCCGGAGCCGCGGCAGAGCGAGUGGGACAAACGCCUGUCCACCCACUCACCCUUCCGCACGGCCAGCAUCAACGGACAGCUGCAGUCAGGCACUGACGGGUCUAACGUGGUGAAAACACAGACUAUCACCAUCUCAGACGUGUCUAACUCCCUACGAGGAGACGUCUAUAACAAGGAGGUCCCCAUCGUGCACACUGAGACCAAGACCAUUACCUACGAGUCAGCGCAGUGUCUCCUUCAGCCCGUAGACAGCAUGGCAGAGAGGGACUCUGGAAUGCUGUUGAGUGCCCAGACCAUCACCUCAGAGACAGUCAGUACAACCACCACCACUCAGAUCACCAAGACGGUGAAAGGAGGGAUCUCAGAGACUCGCAUUGAGAAGAGGAUUGUUAUAACUGGAGACACAGAGAUUGAUCACGACAAGGCUCUGGCCCAGGCCAUCAAGGAGGCGAAGGAGCAGCACCCGGACAUGUCUGUGACCAAAGUGGUGGUGCAUCAGGAAACAGAGAUCACCCCAGAUUAACCUCAGGCUCACCUCUCCUAUAACCAGCUGGGGGCCAAAACUACCACGGCGCCUGAGGAAGAUCAACUCACAUUCAGCCCCCCACCCCUCCCUUGUCCCCUUGUGUCACCACCAUUCCUACAUGUUUACCUCAGAGCCCCAUUCCCUCACACCACCCAACUGCACUGCCUUGCAGACAGACACACACACCACACCAGACUGGACCAGUCCAACCAACCAGAGUGAACAAGCUUCACUUUUGAACUAUGAACUUUGAUCCUCCCAGCCAAUGGAGUUUAACUGAAGGAGAAGGGAACAAACAUAACUCUCCAGAAAACUCCCAGAAUGCUCUCGGUCGCUCUCCCUUCCACUCUACUGCCAAAUCCUAAAUAACUGAACUGGAUCUUCCAAACAACAAAAAUAUUGAAAUAAAGUAUUUGAAUUUUUUUCCCCAUUCUCCCAUUUUUCUGGAGAUUUUAACGAGAAUUUUCAAAGGGCAUUUGGUCUUUUAAUUGUGUAGAGAUUGCAGUGACUUUGUUCAUAUUUUUCUACGAUUUUUCUUCUCGUCGUAAUUGGAAAAUCGGUAUCUUCAAGGUCAACUUUGAAGGGACUCUUAUUCUGAAGGGGGGAUGAUAACAAGGGAUUGUGGGUGAUUUUUUCUGUAACUCUUAAACCAUCAUGAUACGAGGAUCCCUCUUCAAAUCAAACAACUUUACAACCAAUUUUGGUUUCAUCUCUUGUACAGUACAAAAAGUUUGUAAUAUUUAUUUUCCCUUUCAAUGUGAAAAGUAUUUUUUCAAUUUAAGUGUAAAAAAUAUAUAAUUUCAUCCAAACAUUUUUGAGGGCAAAUGUAAUAUCUCUUUGAAGAAAUUGCUUCAUUAUCUAUUCUUCUGGAUGAUAUUCACACCUUUUGACUGUUUGUUUUUAGUCGUCGUUGUUGUAGUCACACUGGGGGAAAAAAGGGGCUUCAUCAGAACUGGAGUGAAGGAAGCAGCGUAUUCAAAUGACUCUUUAUAUUUAUUAUUUUAUCUUAUUUCUGCGUAUGUAUCCAUUCAUUUUAGAUCACCCUGACUUUACAGGUUUGUAGUUAUGUGUUUUUGUAUUAGGCUACUCACACUGCGUUCCAACCACCAGCUACAUAACAGUCAUCCAUUUGUACCUGGCAUGGCAGAGCAGCAGAGGCAACUUUACAAUGUCCCUCAUUUUCAUGUAUUUAUACUUUUCUACCAAAGGGGGCAGUGUUUACUCAUCUAUAGAGAUGGACCGUUAUACAGAAUAUACUGUACUCUACAUGGCUAAAAGUAUGUGGAUACCGCUUCAAAUGAGUGGAUUUGUUUUUUUCAACCACACCGAUGGUGACAGGUGUAUAAAAUCGAGCACACAGCCAUGCAAUCUCCAUAGACAAACAUUGACUGUAGAAUGGCUCGUACUUAAGAGGUCAUUGACUUUCAAUGUUGCACCAUCAUAGGAUGCCACCUUUCCAACCAGUUAGUUUGUCAAAUUUCUUCCCUGCUAGAGCUGCACGGUCAACUGUAAGUGCUGUUAUUGUAAAGUGGAAACGUCUAGGAGCAACAACAGCUCAGCCGCGAAGUGGUAGGCCACACAAGCUCACAGAACAGCACCGUAAAAAAAUUAUGUCCUCAGAUGCAACACUCACUAACGUCAACACAAGAACUGUUCAUCGGGAGCUUCAUAAAAUGGGUUACCAUGGCCGAGCAGCCGUACACAAGCCUAAGAGAUUUUGUUGAGAUCGAUGUGGAAGAACUUGACUGGCCUCCACAGAGCCCUGACCUUAACCCCAUCGAACGCUUUUGGGAUGACUUGGAACGCCGACUGCAAGCCAGGCCUAAACGCUUAACAUCAGUGCCUGACCUCACUAAUGCUCUUGUGGCUGACGGGAAGCAAGUCCCUGCAGCAAUGUUCCAACAUCUAGUGGAAAGCCUUCCCAGAAGAGUGGAGGCUGUUAUAGCAGCAAUGUUCCAACAUCUAGUGGAAAGCCUUCCCAGAAGAGUGGAGGCUGGUAUAGCAGCAAUGUUCCAACAUCUAGUGGAAAGCCUUCCCAGAAGAGUGGAGGCUGUUAUAGCAGCAAUGUUCCAACAUCUAGUGGACAGCCUUCCCAGAAGAGUGGAGGCUGUUAUAGCAGCAAUGUUCCAACAUCUAGUGGAAAGCCUUCCCAGAAGAGUGGAGGCUGGUAUAGCAGCAAUGUUCCAACAUCUAGUGGAAAGCCUUCCCAGAAGAGUGGAGGCUGGUAUAGCAGCAAUGUUCCAACAUCUAGUGGAAAGCCUUCCCAGAAGAGUGGAGGCUGUUAUAGCAGCAAUGUUCCAACAUCUAGUGGACAGCCUUCCCAGAAGAGUGGAGGCUGUUAUAGCAGCAAUGUUCCAACAUCUAGUGGAAAGCCUUCCCAGAAGAGUGGAGGCUGUUAUAGCAGCAAUGUUCCAACAUCUAGUGGACAGCCUUCCCAGAAGAGUGGAGGCUGUUAUAGCAGCAAUGUUCCAACAUCUAGUGGAAAGCCUUCCCAGAAGAGUGGAGGCUGUUAUAGCAGCAAUGUUCCAACAUCUAGUGGAAAGCCUUUCCCAGAAGAGUGGAGGCUGUUAUAGCAGCAAUGUUCCAACAUCUAGUGGACAGCCUUCCCAGAAGAGUGGAGGCUGUUAUAGCAGCAAUGUUCCAACAUCUAGUGGACAGCCUUCCCAGAAGAGUGGAGGCUGUUAUAGCAGCAAUGUUCCAACAUCUAGUGGAAAGCCUUCCCAGAAGAGUGGAGGCUGUUAUAGCAGCAAUGUUCCAACAUCUAGUGGAAAGCCUUCCCAGAAGAGUGGAGGCUGUUAUAGCAGCAAUGUUCCAACAUCUAGUGGACAGCCUUCCCAGAAGAGUGGAGGCUGUUAUAGCAGCAAUGUUCCAACAUCUAGUGGACAGCCUUCCCAGAAGAGUGGAGGCUGUUAUAGCAGCAAUGUUCCAACAUCUAGUGGAAAGCCUUCCCAGAAGAGUGGAGGCUGUUAUAGCAGCAAUGUUCCAACAUCUAGUGGAAAGCCUUCCCAGAAGAGUGGAGGCUGUUAUAGCAGCAAUGUUCCAACAUCUAGUGGAAAGCCUUCCCAGAAGAGUGGAGGCUGUUAUAGCAGCAAUGUUCCAACAUCUAGUGGAAAGCCUUUCCCAGAAGAGUGGAGGCUGUUAUAGCAGCAAUGUUCCAACAUCUAGUGGACAGCCUUCCCAGAAGAGUGGAGGCUGUUAUAGCAGCAAUGUUCCAACAUCUAGUGGACAGCCUUCCCAGAAGAGUGGAGGCUGUUAUAGCAGCAAAGGGGGGGACCAACAUAUUACUGCACAUGAUUUUGGAAUAAGUUUGACGAGCAUACUUUUUUUCCCCACAUACUUUUGGACAUGUAGUGUAUGAUGCUUCUAUCUAGAAGAAGUCAGUAACAUAAAGGAUUAGGAUUAAUUGGGGUUGAUUAGAUUGAUUAGACAGAGUAGAGUUGAUUAGAUAGAGUUGAUGAGAGAGUCAGCGUUAAAGGCCCAGUGCAGUCAAAAAAGUUAUUUUUCUGUGUUUUAUGUUUCCACAGUAUGAUGUUGGAAUAAUACUGUGGAAAUGAUGAUAAUGAUGCGAAUGCCCUUUUAGUGUAAAAGCUGUUUUGAAAAGACACCCUGAAAUGUAUGCCUGUUUUGUGUGAGAUGGAGUUUUGGCAUCACCAGUCAGUAAAUGAGUUAAUAGACCAAUAAGAAAGAGAGUUCCAAACCUCUCUGCCAAUAACAGCUAGUUUUCAGUUUUCCCCUCCCCACUCAGACCACUCCCAGACAGUCCUAGCUAAAUUAUUGCUUGAGAAAUGGCUCUUUGCUAAGAAGCUAUUUUUGCACAUAUUUUUUACAAUUUUAAUUAAAAACCAUCACACUAAGGUACUUAAUUGUUACCCAGAAUUGAUUUGAUAUUGAGAUAUUUAAAAUAAUGGCUGCAUGGGACCUUUUAAAGUACAAGAAAAGACCUUAAAGUUGACAAAGCGUCAAUUGUGAUUUUGGGAACUUUUUCCCUCUGGUUGCCUCUUUGGUGUUCUCCUUUUAGAAGGCUGUACUAUUCACAACAGCACAAAAUAAAUGUUUUGUUUUUUGUUUACUACCAUGUAUUUAUCUGCGAAGUGUAUACAUUUAUUUGAUCCUCCUGUGGAGUACACACUGUCCCUUUUAAUAAACAACCCAUUAUUUAAGCAGAGAGUAUAGCACACACGGUUUUGAAAUGUUUAGGUCUAUUCAAAAAAAAAAAAAAAAAAAUGUUUUUAAAAAUACAAAUAGUAUUACAUUGUACAGAAUCCAACGUCUUGUAGUUCUUUCAGUGUGGUGUCUUCUUCUUGUCUUUUCUGCAUUAAUGAUGGAUGGAGACUAUGAGAACCAGCAAGCAUGUACAUCUCUUUAGGUUCAUGUUUAUUUCUUCAUAGUGAACCCUCUCAUCUUUCAUCUCUCUCUCUCUCUCUCGGUCUCUCUCUCUCUCUCUCUCUCUCUGUCUCUCUCUCUCUGUCUCUGUCUCUCUCUCUCUCUCUCUCUCUCUCUCUCUCUCUCUCUCUCUCUCUCUCUGUCUCUCUCUCUCUGUCUCUCUCUCUCUGUCUCUCUCUCUCUCUCUCUCUCUCUCUCUCUCUCUCUCUCUCUCUCUCUCUCUCUCUGUCUCUGUCUCUGUCUCUGUCUCUGUCUCUCUCUCUCACUGAAAGAGAUGAUAUGUAAUAAAACAGCACCCACUAAAUAAACACAAAUGUACACAAACCUUAUUCUGAACAUAUCGCCUGAUAUUCUGUUGUUUGUGCCUGAGGUUCUGUGUUCCAUUUCUCUAUGUUCUUGUCUCAUGAGGAAAUUACAAUUUUGUCGCUAUUUUCAUCGGUGUGAAAUCUUGACAAGCAGAGCGAGAGUAGUCUCACAAUCAGUCAGACAAAACGUUCCCCAAAUAUUAUACACGUGUAUGUCACGUUCUGACCUUAGUUCCUUUGUUUUAUCUUUGUUUAUAUGGUCAGGGCGUGAGUUGGGGUAGGAAGUCUAUGUUUGUUUUUGUAUGUUUGGUUUCUGUGUUCGGCCUGGUAUGGUUCUCAAUCAGAGGCAGGUGUCGUUAGUUGUCUCUGAUUGAGAAUCAUACUUAGGUAGCCUUUUUCCACCUGUGUUUUGUGGGUGUUUAUUUUCUGUCUUUGUGUUACGUGUGUAUGUCACCAGACAGGACUGUUUCGUUUCGUUCGUUCAUUUUGUUAUUUUUGUAUUGAUUCAGUGUUCAGUGCUUUCUUUAAUUAAAAUUAUGA